AUGUUCGAGACGCGCCACGCCCAGAAUCGCUACCAUCUACGACUCCAUCGGGCAAGGUCUGUGAUCCUCACACCUCAGGAACUGGUCGAGAUCCGGGCAGCACAACGAACCUUCGAAGGAGCUUACAUCCGAACGAGUCUGAGUCAGUUCAGCUUCGCCUUGGUCGUGCUCAAGAUCUUCACCAGCGAGUUCUAUAGUAUAGGCGCGCUGUUUGCUGUCUAUGGCGCGGGCGUGCUUGGAGUGAGCGCUUUCCGGCGUAUGCAGUCUAACAGGCAAUUCUUCACGGAGAUGGGCGAUGAUGGGACGAGCAGGAAACGCUUCAGGACUAGUGGUAAUGUCGUUGUAGUCCUCACCAGUCUCAGCAUUGCUGCCUAUGUCACCCUCCUGGUGCUGACGUUAAGACUUGGAGAUUGA